AUGGAGAAUUAUGGCUGCAUGAUUGAUCUCCUGUGUCGAUCUGGCCUUCUAGAUGAUGCUUACUCCUUUGUUAUUGGUAUGCCUGUCUCACCAAAUUCAAUAAUCUGGAGGACUCUUCUUGUGGCCUGUAAAAGCUCGAACAGGAUUGACAUAGCGGAAUCAGCAUCAAAGAGGCUCCUUGAGUUAGAACCUCACAAUCCUGAGAACCACGUUCUGCUCUCCAACUUGUACGCAUCGAAUUCCCAGUGGGACACAGUGAGCUAUUUGAGGAAGAAGGUGAAAGAUAGCAAUGUUACUGCUGUUGCUGGAUGCAGUUCAAUUGAAAUAAACGGCUACUUGCAUGAGUUUGUGGUCAGUGAUGAUUCACACCCUGAAAUCAAGGAGAUAAGACUGGUCCUGAGAGAAAUAGCGGACCGGGUGCAACGAGCUGGCCACAAACCUUGGACUGCAGCGGUUCUGCAUGUCGUUGGUGAAGAGGAAAAGGAAGUUGCUCUUUGUGAACAUAGUGAAAGGCUAGCCAUCGCAUAUGGAUUGCUAAAGACAAAAGCCCCUCAUGUCAUUCGGGUGGUAAAGAACUUGAGAUUUUGCCUUGAUUGUCAUGAAGUGGCAAAAAUAAUAAGCAAGUCAUACAACCGAGAAAUCAUCGUUAGGGAUCGUGUCCGUUUCCACAAAUUUAUGGGAGGAAGUUGUUCUUGUAAGGACUUUUGGUGA